CUGGCUGACAACUGAUGACUGUGGUUAGAAAAGCCUGCGGAAACGGGAUGCUCCAAGGUUAUUCCUUCAUUUUCUCUCCCUCCUCCAGAAUCUAAUCCAUCAACUGUCUCAAGCUGGAGUAACCUGGGCUCCUUUUUCAUCCUGUUGGCAGACAGGGCACACCCCCACCCCCCAAAAUGCCUUAUUUUGCAUUACUGGCUGGUCUGCUAACUUUAUCUCUCUUGGCCUGCUGCGGGCGAGGUAAACCCCUAGAGGACUGGAAGCGGGUUCCUGCCAUGGAAAGCACCAAUAAAUUCUUUGGGGAGGCUGCAAAGGGGGAGGAUGACAUGAGUUUUGACUUCAAAAUGUUCCUGGAGAACAUGAAGGUGGAUUUCCUGAGGAGCCUGAAUUUAUCAGGGGUCCCUUCCCAAGACAGGACCAAAGCGGAGCCGCCUCAGUUCAUGAUUGAUCUGUACAACAGAUACACCACCGACAAAUCGACCACUCCAGCAUCCAACAUAGUGAGAAGCUUCAGCAUUGAAGAUGUUGUCUCUAUGUCUUCAACAGACAGACAUUCCUUCCAGAAGCACAUCUUACUUUUCAACAUCUCUAUCCCUAGACAUGAACAAAUCACCAGGGCUGAGCUCCGGCUCUAUAUUUCAUGUCAAAGCCAUGCUGAGUUGUCCCAUGAACUGAAAGGCAACAUUGCCAUUUAUGAUAUCCAAGGUGGAACAGACUUCUGGGAAGGCACAGAAGGGACCAAGUCCUUCCUUGUGUCCCAGGUCAUUCAAGAAAGUGGAUGGGAAACAUUUGAGGUGUCCAGUGCAGUGAAACGAUGGGUCAGGUCAGACCCAACAAAGAACAAAAACAAACUGGAAAUCAGAGUGGAAAGUCACAUGAAAGGAUGUGAAAAACUAGACAUCAGCGUCCCCCCAGAUUCUAAAAACUUGCCUUUCUUUGUUGUGUUUUCUGAUGACCGCAGCAAUGGCUCAAAGGAAACCAAGAUGGAACUCAGAGAAAUGAUAGGUCAUGAGCAAGAGAGUGUGCUCAAGAAGUUGUCCAAGAAUGUUAAUACUCAGGAAGAGGAGGAAAUGGAAGAAGAAAUAGAGAAUUUCUCUGUCAGGAGAUCAUUUUCAUCCAGAAACAAAAGAAGCACAAGUCCCAAUAACCACUGCCAGAGGAGCUCUCUUCGAGUCAACUUCAAGGAUAUUGGCUGGGACAACUGGAUCAUUGCCCCAAAAGAGUAUGAUGCAUACGAAUGUAAAGGAAUCUGCUUCUUCCCUCUUGCCGAUGAUGUGACUCCAACUAAACAUGCCAUUGUUCAGACUUUAGUGCAUCUAAAAAACCCCAUGAAAGCCGGGAAGGCCUGCUGUGUGCCCACCAAACUAAACCCAAUCUCUAUUCUCUACAAAGAUGAUGUUGGAGUGCCCACUUUAAAGUACCAAUAUGAAGGAAUGAGUGUGGCAGAAUGUGGAUGUAGGUAGUACCUGAUCACUUGUUGAGCCAGGAAAUAGGAUAAUAUUAACAUACUGUUCUGGAAUGGAAGGAGAGGGGAGGUAUCAAAAGACUUGCUCUUUUACAAAACUAUAUAUUGGUGCUGACAAUGUUAACUGAAGUUUGGGAGGGAGGAAAGAAAAAAAAACUAAGACUUUAAAGCUGUUUCUUGGAACUAGUUAUUUGGAAGCACCACCGCAAUGGACAUUUUUAGCUCUAUGUCCAGCCAGGAGUAAGGUUGGACUUUGAAGCACCCACAAGGAAUCUUGGGGAAACAGAAUUGGGUGGUGGAGGAUGUUUAAAAAAAUCAGGGAAGUAGAUGAAAUGGAGGAUGGGACACUGGUGGGGAAAAUAACACAAAGUCAAAGAAUUGUGUGUUAGAAAAAAUAUUAUUGAUUAUGAGGAGUACAGAUGGAUCUAUAAUAUAAUCUAUGAAAAUAGACAUCAAAGGGAAUAGGAAGUAGGAAAUGAAUGUUACACAUGGACAGCAGUGUUCCUAAAUAGGUUAUUACCUCAAUCUAGGGCACACUCCAUGUCAGAAAACUGAUUAACAAUUGCUGCUUUAUGGAAAGAAGACAGUUAAGAAUGUAUAUGUUAAGAAUGCAGAAUUACAAUUCAUUACCACUAGACCCCAACAUAGAAUUCACUUCCGAUAGAAUGUGUAGACUCAGGCUGGGAAAUUCUGACUUCAAAGCAGAUCAGGGUAUAAAGUAAAAUAAGCCUCAUCUGUCACAUGUCUUCCCAACAAAAUCGUUUCAAGGAUUUUGAAGCCCAAACUUUGCUACUGCCUUGGAAUAGAGAGGACGGGGCAAAUGGCAUCCACCAAUUACUUUGGUUUCUCUGCUGGUCCACUGCAUGAUCAAAUGGAUAUUAUUUGUUGUCAGACAAAUCCUAAGGGGUAACAGUGUUACAUGUUAUUGGAUGGUAUGUGCAGGAUGGUUCAGUUCAGAGACUUCAGUUCCUUUCAAUUAUUUAUUCAACAUAGUUGACCUUGUAUUUUCUUUGUGCAUGAAACAGUUUUUUUUUUCUUUGUAGUUUUUCUUUGGAAGAAUUUAAAGAGAAGAGAAUGAAUCAGUCUUUAAUUCACUGAAAUAAAUGUGUGGGAGUUAGAAAUGUCAUGCUUUGGACAUGGUUAUCCAAGAUGUACCUAUUUUUACCUUCUUUAUGACACGUACUUGAAUGAUAAGAAGUCCAGUCUUCCGUCAGUUAAGGCUCACUGUCCUCUGAGGAACUCUUGGUCUUAUCUCUCCUUUCUGAUAAAAAAAAAAAAGCUUUACCCCAUGAAGUACAUGCUCAGUAUUUCUUCAAGCAAUAGGUAGUGGAAAUGCUAAUAUUUAUCAGCUUCCUUUCCAGGUUUCUUAAGGGCAGAUGGCUUUUUUUCAUGAAUGAUCUUAUUAAGAGAAAGUGAAAAUGGGAAGUUUUAUGUUUCAUCAAUUAGAUAAGUCCACUUUUCUAACAUUGGAAUAGAUUAAAUGGGCUGUCUUGUCAAAUUAGUUUGGGUAGAACUCCACAAUGUUCUUAAAAAUUUUGGUAUAACCCCAAAUAAAGCCGCUGACUACAUGGUCUUAAUAUAUGCAAGCUUCAUUUUUCCCUGGGGAAAGGGGAGGCAAGACAAAGGAGGCUUGCUUGCCAUCAUCUCCCUCACCCUAUUAUCACCAUCAGGAUCUAGGGUGGCAUUUCACCCACAUGUAAUCCUGAUCAUUCAUCCUGGAAGAAUGGGCAAAGACACAAUAGAAAAACAGAUAGAAAUCUAAUAUAAAAUGGAUAAAAUUUGGGAAAUGAAAUGGGAAAAGUGUCUUCUGGGAAAAUUAGAAUGCUAUCUUACACAAAUCCUUAUCUUAUUGUCCAGAUAACCAAGCAUCUAUUCAAAACACUGAUGGAUUUUGAUGAAGGAAGAAGCUAGAUCUAUUGAUCUACUCCCUUUAAAUAAAUGCUUGUUUUAAGCCAAAAA